AUGCACUCCCAAGCCCUUCUCCAGUUGUUCCUUUUCCUCAGCGCCACCUCGGGCGCCCCCUUGAACCCCAACAACCUCGCCAGGCGCGAUGACUUGUUGCCCGUCGGAGAUGCCACCAACGCCCUGCCUGUUGCAGGCGAUGCCACCAAGUCCCUGCCCCUUGUCGGCGGUUCCACUCCCGGCGCCGGCCUGGGUAGCCUCCCCGGUGUCGACGCGGUCAAGGGCCUUACCGGCUCCCUCCCGGUCGUCAACGGCCUUCUCCAGCGCAGGCAGCUUCCUGGAGCCGGCUCCUUGCCCGUUGUGGGCGAUGCCACCAAGGCUCUGCCCCUUGGAGACGCCACCAAGUCUCUUCCCCUCGUUGGCGGCUCCACUCCCGGCGCCGGCCUGGGCGGCCUCCCCGGCCUCGACGCAGUCCAGGGCUUGACCGGCUCUCUCCCGGUCGUCAACGGCAUCGCUCAGCGCAGGCAGCUCGUCCCCGGAACCGAGUCCCUGCCCGUUGUCGGCGACGCCACCAAGUCUCUCCCACUCGUCGGCGGUUCCACCCCCGGCGCCGGCCUGGGCAGCCUCCCCGGCGUCGACGCGGUCAAGGGCCUCACCGGCUCCCUCCCGGUCGUCAACGGCCUCGUCCAGCGCCGCCAGCUGCCCGACUACGGCGCCGCCGCCGCGCCGCAGCCCGAAGGCGAGGACUCUGGCGCCGAGUCGGACUCCGACUCCGACUCCGACUCGGAGUCUGAGUUCGGCGACGACGAGGACGCGGAGGCGCCGGCCAGCACCCCCGUCGCGGACGCGAGCAACCCCGUCAACCCCUCCUUCGCCCUCCCGCCCGUCAUCCCGACCCCCGCCCUCGGCAGCCUCCCGACCCCCCCUGCUCUCGGCAGCCUCACCAACGGCGCGAUCCCCGGCGUUGGCGGCUCGUCUGACGCCGCUGCCGAGGACACCACCACGACGCAGGCUGAGCCCGCGUACGGCGCGCCGGUCGGCAACUCUCAGUCCGUCGAGGAUGCCGAGUCCCAGCCUUCGUACGGCAUCUAA